CAAUGAUUACCGUGUUUUAGUUUCUAUGAUGUUUAAUAAAAAUUAGCAUGUAUUACCUGAUGGGCUUGUUUAACAAAUGCUGAUAUGAAUUCUUAGUCUGAAUGCGGCAAAUUUAUUCGUUCGGUUAUAAUUCCUUUCAACAAACUAAUCCGGCAAAUAAUGAUGAUAUUAUAAGUGUUCCAAGUGAUAUUACAGGGUUCACACAGUGUGAUGAUAUCAUCUGGGCCAAUAUUAGCUCAACUUUGGGCAUAAACAACAUUGAAAGAAAGUUGAUGUUUUGGGGGUUUGAUGAUACAAGAAAUAAAAUUAUAUCUCCUACCCAUUUUCCUGCACAAAAUAUAAUGAAAUAUUUCGGAGAUGACAAUGGGAUCCAGGGAUAUUUAGAUAUUAAUGGAAACCUUUAUGGCCAUUCCAAAAAGAUUUUUAACCUGCCUGCAAAGUGCGUUGAUGUUGCGCAAAUGUGGACCGGAAGUAAUGUAAUUGCUGUAACAAUGGAUGGAAAGUUAUGGCAAUUUAAUUUAAAAAAUAAUGAGAAACCAAAGAAAAUAACUGCUUUUGAUGAGAGCGGAAGUUUAAAUCCAUUUUUCACAAACGUUGUUUGUGGAGAGAAUCAUUCCUUGGCGUUAACAAGAGACGGUGAAGUUUUUAGCUGGGGAUCAGGAAGAUUUGGUCAGCUUGGACAUGGGGAAUUUACAAACUCAUUAGAAAAACCUACAUCUAUUGAAUUUUUUCAGGGAUUAAGAGUUAAAGAAAUCGCUUGCGGAGGAUUUCAUUCCGCAGUAAUUACUGACUCGGGUGAUUUAUAUACUUUUGGAUGGAAUCACUUUGGGAGAUUGGGGAUCUCUUCGGGUAAAGAUUCAAUGGUGAAUUGUGCUGAACCCUCACUGAUUGAGUUUGGUGGUGAAAAUGACAUUGAAUUAAAUGUAUUGAAGGUGGCAUGCGGGAGCGCGCAUACUGUUGCUAUUACAGAUGAUUACAGAUUGUGGAGUUGUGGAUGGGGAAAAUAUGGACAAUUAGGCUUAGGUGCUGAUAGACUGAAUGAUAACUAUUUGUUUGUGCAAGUGGAUUCGACGGAAUUCAGAGAUAAACAAAUUGUAGACUGUUUAUGCGGCCGAUGGAAUACUUUUCUUAUUUUGAAUAAAUAAUAUUUACAUGCUAAAUAAUAAAAAUAAUUUCAAAAUUGAUUUACUAUAAAUUUCUGCUUAACAAAGACACAUAAUUAUACAUAUACAAUAUAUUUAUUAUAUAAUUAGUGUAUAAUGUAAUCUC